AAACUGUGAAACCAAACUUAUCUUCAAUGUAUGGAAAACGGACUGAGCUAUUACGAGAUCCGAUCAAUUCGGUAGUUCCCGUACUUUCAUGUGACGCCGCAUUAAACAUCUUCACGUGUCAGAUCACAUUCUUCCACGUGUCACCUCUACAUACUCACACAGCAACACCACCCAAUUUUCACAUUUUUUUUUACCACUACCCAAGCUCUGCUCAACUUCCGCUCCCCUUUUCCGUCGCCCUGAAUUCCAGUUUCCGAUCCCUUUCGGUUUCCAUGGCUGUCCCUCUAGCUAGCAAGCUCUCCUCCACCCACCGCCAUUCUUUGCUCUUCCCCAACUCCCCCUGCCCUUCUCCUCCAUUUCCAUCUAGGUUCCUCUCCCUGUCGCUGACGAGUACUGGCAACAACCCCAACAGCAACGCCAAUGGGUUGUCUCUGACUCAGUACUCACUCGCUUCGCUCCACCGCCGCCUCACCCCGCCUCCUGCUCUCGACUCCGACGUGCCUCACCCUCUUCACAAGGGAUCGGUGAACUUGAAGAAUAGUAAGAGCUUUGAGCAAUGGGAUUCAUGGACAGCAAUAUUUUCUGGGGCGUCAAAUAUACCCUUUCUGUUGAUGCAACUACCUCAGAUCAUCCUUAAUGCCCGUAAUUUAUUGGCAGGAAAUAAGACUGCUCUUUUAGCUGUACCAUGGCUGGGGAUGUUUACUGGUUUACUUGGAAAUCUUUCUCUACUUUCUUACUUCACAAAGAAGAGGGAAAAGGAGGUGAUUGUGGUGCAAACAUUAGGAGUGGUAUCACAAUAUGUGGUGUUUGCCCAGCUUGCAAUGGCAGAAGCAAUGCCUCUGACAUACUUUGUCAUUACUACGGGUGUUGUGGCAGCUGGUCUCAUUUUAAAUUUUAUGAAUUACUUUAAUAUGGUUAACACCGGAAUGUGGCGAUGCUGGGAGGAUUUUAUUACAGUUGGUGGACUGUCUGCCCUACCCCAAAUAAUGUGGUCUACCUUUGUACCAUACCUCCCAAACAGUAUCCUGCCUGGGGCAAUGGCUUUUAUUGUAGCCAUGGCAGCUGUUUCUAUGGCACGUACAGGCAGACUGUCAGAGCAAGGUGUCAAAUUUGUGGGAGGAAUUUCUGGAUGGACAGCGACACUUCUUUUCAUGUGGAUGCCAGUUUCACAAAUGUGGACAAACUUGCUGAAUCCUGAUAACAUCAGAGGUUUAUCUGCUUUCACAAUGUUGCUUGCUAUGAUUGGGAACGUACUAAUGGUCCCACGUGCUCUCUUUAUUCGUGACUUUAUGUGGUUCACUGGUUCAACUUGGGCGUCUCUCUUUUAUGGUUAUGGGAAUCUCGUAUGCUUGUAUUGGUUUAACGCUAUCAGCAGGGAAUUCUUCUUGGCAGCAACAGUUGGUUUAUUUUCAUGGAUAGGAAUGGCUUUUUGGAGAGACACUGUCGUAUAUGGAUACAGCUCACCUAUGAGCUCUUUAAAAGAGUUGGUUUUUGGUUCUUGAAUCAAAUACGAAAAUGCCACAAGAAUUCUUGAAUGAUCUGAUACCAAGCGUGAAAUCUUUUGAGUUGAGUUUCCCCCUGGAACUGCAGCUGCAAGCUCAGUAUCACAACGUCGAAGGUGGAGAAUGUUUCCUUUUAUUUACUAUAAUUUUUUUUUUCUAUGCUUACUUACUAUAUAUUUCAUUUACAGAAUCAUGAUGUAUAAUUGCAGAUGUCAUAAAAGACAUUACAUAAACUCAGCAUAAGUUGAAACGUCUAUAAUGAUGAUCAUUGUAAGUUAAAUGAGCUGUAUAGCCUUGAUUGCUAAUGACAAUAAUUUCAUUCCAUCUAU